AUCAUUCUCUCGAACGAGCUCUUGACGAGAAACAAAGUCCCAGUGCCAACGACAAGACUGGCAAGCUGACACGCUGAAACGCUAGAAAACGAGCGAAUUUCAUUUGUCUGCGGGAAGCCGUAACGGACGCUGUCAAGGAGAAACUUUUUUUGUAGGAUUUGUUUAAGGACAUACAGCAAAAAUAUUUCACAAAAAGUUUUUUUGAUACGAACCCAUGCAAGGAAUAGGUCGGGGCAUAGUGCGGUUGGUGCAAAGAGGCGGCCAUGGAAACGUUUUUGGACGACCUUCAGGAAUCUUGGAGAAAGGAAAAAAGGGAGCAGUGCGUGCUGCGAAUCGUUUGCAGCGCACUCGAGUUUCUUUUCGAUGCGAUUUUUUUUCCAGUACUUAAAAAACUACGCUGGAUUCCAACCUCGAGCAAACGUCUAGCAUUAGCCGAAAGAAGGCUUAUGUCUUACAUGAAGAAGCCGUACGAGUCUUGGUUCGAGGACAUCGGCAGGAUCGGUGAUAGCGCAGAUACCUGUCGCAUCUAUACCAUAAAGGUCGCUAGUGAUGAUCCUCAAUCACAAACACUUCCUUUGGUACUGAUCCACGGACUCGCGUGCGGAGGGCCGAUGUGGAUUCUAAACUUCGAGGAACUUUCGCGUCGUCGUGAUGUAUAUGCUAUUGAUCUACUUGGAUUUGGACGAAGUAGUCGACCCGACCUCAGUGGGGAUGCCUGGAUCGCCGAAAUGCAAAUGGUUUACGCGAUUGAGGAAUGGCGUCGUUGCGUAGGCCUUGAGCGUUUCGUGCUGGUAGGUCAUUCGCUGGGAGGCUUCUUAAGUUCGUCGUACGCGAUUCGUCAUCCGUCUCGGGUCGCCCACCUUAUACUUGAAGAUCCGUGGGGCUUUCCUGAAUUUCGACCAGAUCGACCACUUGGAAAGCGUAUGCCUACAUGGGCUAAGCUGGUUCAAUCCAGUCUCAAUCAUAUGAAUGCGCUCGCAAGCGUCCGUAUGGCUGGGCCACUUGGACCAAAGAUUAUGCAGAUUUCGUUGGCAGCAGCAGCUGAGCAAUACUUCGGAGGUUUCGUCACUGAUAGGACAGUUAUUCCUAAUUACGUCUAUCACUGCAACGUUCGGAAGCCUUCCGGUGAGGCGCUAUUCAAGAACCUGAGUGUACAUUUUGGUUGGACUAAAUAUCCCAUGGUUUAUCGGCUCUCACACUUGGAUAAUCAGGUACCAAUCACAUUUAUCUAUGGUUCGUUAACCUUCAUCACCAAGAAACCUGCUUUCCGAAUCCGUGAAGAACGAAAAGGCUGCUAUGUCGAUAUCCAGGUUGUAAAAGAAAGUGGACAUAAUGUCCAUAUGGAAAAAGCCUGCGAAUUCAAUGUAAAGGUCACCGCUGUCUGUGAAAUGGCGGACCAAGAAGAACAACAUUUUUCAGGCGAGAGGAAUCAUUUUGAGGUAAAUGUGGACUACCGUCUCUGAUGUUCUAUAGCGAUGUAGAACGAUUGAUGAAGAUGAAGAAGAUAUACUGUUUUCAUUAUGAUUAAAUGCUGGUCCAUAGAGCUGCCUCAUAUACAAUAUAUAUAAGAUAAUCUAUAUGUGCAUUUGUUUAUUGACGCGACUAUCAAAGUUAACGUUGCCUUUAAGUUUUCUCUUAUGCAGUGGAUGGGAAAACCAUUAGUCAUAUAAUCUAUCGACAAAAGCAUAUAUGCUAUGCGGCCAGUUAAUUCAAACCGCUAGCAGAAACUAACUUUGUUAAAGUUGAAGCCGUUUGUUAAUUUAGCGCAUUAGGCGACAUAUAUUCUUAUAAUUCGGUAACCUAACGCAUUAUGUCCUGUUAGUUUUUAGGUCGCAUUUUCACGCACUUGGUUAUACAGUAUAUACACAUCAUUUUACAUAGAACAAAGCGAAAGGUGUACAAUUAUAUCGAAGCCUUUAUGGCAAGUAUAUUUCUAUACUUUGUAAGCUUAGUAAUAUUACAAAAGCCCCGACUUUUUUAAAUCUUUAAUUAAUAAAACCUUUUUACAAGUUUAGCUGCGAAGUCCGGCGGUCUCCUUUCUCCUUAAAGCUAUUGAACAUAUUUUCGCCCAUCCAAAGUGUCUCAAUUUAAAACGUCCAGAUACUGAUAAUAACACUUACUAAAGUUACCGGACUAAUGUGCACCACACUGACACAGUAAAGUCGAAUACGUUUAUUGCAUAGACCAUUAGAUAUUAAGUUCAAUUUGUACAUAACUGUCCCUUUUUCAAAAAAUAAAAAUGACUUGAUUUGGCCUAAUGGUCUUAGUACUUGGAUAAUGAUUUUUUUUUAUAAGAUAGCAAAAACGAAUGUGGUACAAAGAUGAUACCCGAGGGUGAUACAGUGUAUAUAAGCUGUAUAUAUUGGAUUAGAUACCCGCAUCUGAACAAUGUCCAGGUAACGACCAUCAACUUGCUGGACAAGACGCAUUUCACGAAGUUCACGCAUACGUCCACUGCUCAGAUGUCCUUUUAGUCACACAUACGGUAUAGAGCGCAUGGCGCCAUAGCGAUGUCGCCUUGAACGCGGUAAAAAUAGGAUCUUUAUCCUUUCA